UAUACUACUGGAGAAGUAUCAGAGCUUGAGAUUUGUGUACGAACAAACAAGGACAAGUUUGCAAGUGACAAGAAUCUUGGGUUGGUGAAGCAAGUAGUGUCUUCUAUGUAUAAACGUAAUAUUCAGAUGAUUCAGACAUAUCUGACUCUAUCCCUCCAAGGCAUUGCCAAUACUGUCAAACUAAAUAGCCCCAAGGAGGCUGAGAUGCAUGUGCUUAAAAUGAUCCACUAGGGCGAAAUCUAUGCAACAAUUAAUCAGAAGGAUGGAAUGGUUAGAUUCCUGGAGGAUCCUGAAAAGUACAAAACCUGUGAGAUGAUUGAAUGCAAUGACUUGUCAAUGCAGAGGCACAACUGCAUUGUGAUCCAGCAGCCUGAAUGUCUGCUGUUCGAUCGUUUCAGGAUGAUGAUGCUGUCAAAGAAGCUAAGAGCCAUGAGUGAAGUUAUGUUGUGUGAUCCUUCGUAUUACCUAGGAAAGUGUAUUCAGGUUUGGAAAGGAGCGCCAGAGAUAUGAAUGUGAUGAUUUUGAUACUGUUCCCUCACAAUUCAGUAAUUGAUGCACAACUUAUAGAGAAUGCACACAUUUGAUUGAUUGAAAAUUUGGGAUCCGGAACAACAUCCUCUUUUUCCCUUUUGGUGAUGGGUGCAAGUAGCUGAAACCAGCAUAUGAGGCAUGCUAAUAAUCUUUGGUGGGAAGUCUAACCAAGCUUUGCCUGAUGAGUAGGGCAGAGUGGCCUAUGAUUGGAUGUAACUUGAGGUAAAUACCCACCUCUUUUUUUCAAGAUUCACGAAUUUGGGUGCUUGUGAAUUUGUAAGUUGAUAAAUUUUUGUAUAAUAAAUGAUGUAAUAAUUCCACCUAUUACAAAAGAAGCACAUAGACUGCUUGCAUUAAAAAACCAAUAUUCAUAUGUGCUUAAGGAUGUUUGUAAUUUCUGAAAUCAAGCGU